AUGAUGAGCCUACAACCACCAGAAGCGGGAGCAGGAGGCAAGCGCUACAGUAUCGAUACAGAUGAAUUGGUGAAACGAAUCCAUGCAUCUAAACCAAAGUCUGUCUUUUUGGAUGGAAAACCAAAGGCGACCGUGCAACGAGCUGCGUUUGGAAAAAAAUCGAAAAUUGAUGUCACCGAACAAGGGUUACAGUCGAUUAAAAGAGCCGCUUUUGCAACGGAAACCAGUGAUGAGGACAUAGUUUACAAGAGCUCAUUACCUGUGUACCGAUUCCUACGGGUUUUGGGCAUUUUUCCGUAUACCCGAAAUGAACCCGGCCAAGCAGAACUCAUCUAUGCAUCGAAAAUUGUUGCCUACGCCGUUACAUACGUUUUCUUCAUUGCCGUUGAUCGCGUUGAAAUUAUUUCAUCACUUGAAGGACGUUUCGAAGAAUCGGUCAUCGCUUAUUUAUUCUUACUGAAUAUUUUACCCAUUUUAAUUAUUCCGAUGACCUGGAUCGAAACCCGAAAAUUUACCAACGUUCUGAAUAAUUGGACGGAGUUUGAGAUUCUAUAUUACAAAGUGUCUGGCCGAGUUUUGCCAUUGAAUACUCAAACCAAAGCAUUAUUGAUUGCUAUUUUAUUACCAGCGCUAUCGAGCUUGUCGGUUAUUAUCACUCACUUAACCAUGAUUGAUUUUAAAAUAUUCCAGAUAAUCCCUUAUUGUAUUUUGGACAAUUUAACUUAUAUGAUGGGUGCUUAUUGGUACUUGGCUUGUGAUUCAUUGAGUCGAUCAGCUACAAUUUUGGCGGAUGAUUUCCAACAGGCUCUGCGCCACAUCGGUCCCGCAGCAAUGGUUGCUGAUUAUCGUGCUCUCUGGCUACGUCUGAGUAAAUUAUGCCGAGACACUGGAACGGCCACGUUUAUCACGUUCACAUUUCUCAAUCUGUAUUUAUUCUUUACGAUCACGAUUUCGAUUUAUGGUUUGAUGUCGCAAAUAUCGGAAGGAUUUGGAUUGAAGGAUAUUGGUUUGCUGGUGAAUGCAUUCUGUAACAUCUGUCUAUUGUUUUUCAUCUGUGACGAAGCGCAUUAUGCGUCGCAACACGUACGAACGAAUUUCCAAAAGAAGUUGCUUAUGGUCGAAUUGAGUUGGAUGAACUCCGAUGCCCAAACUGAAAUUAACAUGUUUUUGCGAGCUACGGAAAUGAAUCCAUCGAACAUCAACUGUGGCGGAUUCUUCGAUGUCAAUCGAAAUUUGUUCAAAUCGCUUCUAACAACGAUGGUGACCUAUUUGGUGGUGUUGCUCCAGUUCCAAAUCAGCAUACCGGAUGAUGCAUUGGCGGGCAGUUUAAAUGGCACCAUUCUGAAUAUGACUCGACCGGCCGUUUAA